AUGGUUGCCGAUACUGCUUAUUACGAUGCCCUCGGUGUGCCACCGACGGCUACUGAACUAGAAAUCAAGAAGGCUUACCGAAAGUUGGCCAUCGUCACUCACCCGGACAAGAACCCCGGAGAUGAAACCGCACACGAACGCUUUCAAGCUAUCGGUGAAGCCUACCAGGUUCUGAGCAAUGAAGAUCUACGAAAGCGAUAUGACAAGUUCGGAAAGGAGGAGUCGGUGCCUGGUGGUGGCUUUGAGGAUCCCUCUGAGUUCUUUAGCAUGAUCUUUGGUGGCGAGGCCUUUGUUGAUCUCAUUGGCGAAAUCUCUCUCAUGAAGGACUUAACCGCGACUAUGGACAUCACGAUGCAAGAAAUGGAGGAGGAAGAACUGGCCCAGUCCGCGGAGGAGAAACUCAACAUCCACGACGAAGAGAUCAAGGCUGCAGGUGGCCAUCCGGCUACCGCUUCCGAAAUUCAUGACCCCACGACCGGUGCUGCACCCGCAGCUGCAGCUGCCGCUGCCGGUUCUUCCGAGAAGCCAACUUCCGGUCAGAGCUCCGGCACCAGUACCCCUCGACGAAACUUCGGCCAACAGGCCCUUAUGGACAAGUCUGAAGAGGAAGCUCGCAUGGAGGCAGCCGGUCUGUCUCAGGAAGAGAAGGAGUUGCGCAAGAAGGAGAAGAAGAAGGGCCUGUCCAAGGAGCAGCAGGAGCGUCUUACUGCUUUCGAGGAGGAGCGCAAAAAGGCCCGCGAAGAUCGAGUAAACACACUCGCGAACAAAUUGAUCGACCGAUUGAGCGUAUGGACCGAGACAGACAAGGGUAAGGAUGUCUCUCAUGCUUUUGAAGAGAAGAUCCGAUUGGAGGUUGAGAACUUGAAGAUGGAAUCCUUUGGUCUUGAGAUCCUACACGCCGUUGGUCAAACAUAUGUUCAAAAGGGUACAUCGUUCUUGAAGUCCCAGAAGUUCCUCGGUAUCUCCGGCUUUUUCUCCCGCUUGAAGGAUAAGGGUACUCUGGCCAAGGAGACCUGGACCACCAUCUCCACCGCUAUUGAUGCCCAAAUGACCAUGGAAGAGAUGGCCAAGAUGGAGGAGCGCGGCGGCGAGGAUUGGACGGACGAGAAGAAAGCUGAAUACGAGAAGAGAGUCACUGGUAAGAUCCUCGCAGCGGCGUGGCGUGGCAGCAAGUUCGAGAUCCAAAGUGUUCUUCGUGAUGUCUGUGAUCAGAUUCUCAAUGACAAGCGGACUCGACUCGAGAAGCGUGUUGAGCGUGCGCAUGCUUUGGUGAUUGCCGGUAACAUCUACGCGAAGGCUGCUCGUGACCCCGAAGAAGAAGGUGACUACAUGGCCUUUGAGCAGCUCAUGGCUGAGGCCAUGAGCAAGAAGGGCAAGGAUGAGAAGGACAAGAAGAAGAAGAAGUCCAAGCAUGACCACGAUGAGACCCACGAUAAGACCCACGAUAGAAAGGAGCCCGUGGAAGAGACCACUGCUUGA